AGUUCGUAAAAUAGGGUACAACCAUGGCACACACCUAUAUUUAUAUGGGAUAUUUAUUUAUGUCUAUGGGUACAACACUGUGGAGCUCUUUGUCGAAUAUGAUCACAAUUCGAGGUGUUUUUAUUAGUUUCAACAUGGCUGAUGUUGAGGAGAUAGAUCUACAUAAAUCUCUGAUCUUUAAAGAAUAAAUGGAAGAAGACAAUGAUGAUCAGUUUAUACACUACACUCCACAACAUCCUCUGCCUACAGAAAUUCAAAGUCUUGCAAGAGAUAAAACUGUUUGUAAAUAUUGUGGUGUGAGCUAUCUCAUUCAUAAUGAAAUAAAAGCACUAGAGAAGAAGCUGAAGGCUACAGAAGAAGAGCUAGUUAAAUAUAAAGGGUUAGAGAAAAGGGAAGCUCUUCUUCAGCAAGAACUUUCUUUGCUUAAACAACAGCUUGAAGAAUCUAAGUCAUUUUCAGAAACAAACAGUAAACUACUAAUUAUACUGACGAAAGAAAAGGAUGAACUGAUGACUCAGAGUAAAAGCAAUGAAGAAAAAAUACAGGCAUACAGAGCUAAACUUCUAUACACUAUUAGACAAUUUUCAACAUUAAACCAAUCUGUCAAAAACUGCAAACGGGAUGUGACUCAAAUAAAAAAUCAGUUUAGCAGUUUUCAAUCUGAUACCCUGGAACAGUUGACUGCAGUCUUACAAAAUGUUGCUCAGAUACAAGCAGUGUCCUCCAAAGAGGUUGACACUCUACACAGUAAACUUCAGUGUCUGGAGAUGGAACACAUGGUUGUAGCACAGUCCAACAAAUCUUUAACAGAAUCUUUAAAAUCUAAAGACUCUGAACUUCAGAUGUUGAUGUAUGAGCUUAACCUGAAAAAAUCAGAAUUAGAACAACAAGCAGAAGCCUACAGGAAGCUGGAAGACAACAUGGAAGAUGUUUCAAAAAGACUUAGUUCUUCUCAAGAAGUAGAAGUACAAUUAAAUGAUGUUAGCAAGGAAUUAGACAAUAGUAACACACAGCUGAGAAUACUGACAGUGGAACUUGAACAGUAUAAAAUACAUUUGAAGUCUAAAACUUCUGAGCUGAAUGAACUCAUGAUUAAGCAGAAACAGAUGGAACAGAGUCAUGAAUUAGCUGUACAGAAACUUAAUACAGAGAUGAAAUCCAAAGAGAAUGAACUAGGAGCCUGUCUGAAGCAGAUCAAAUCAUUAGAAGUUCAAUGCCAAAAUCUUCAAAGAAAGGAGCUGGAGAUGACCCAGUGGGGCAAGUUAAACUCAAAUGAAGCUCAAGAUUUGAAAGAAGAAUUGAAAAGGACUAAAAGUGAGGUGGAAGCUUUAAAAUCAGAAAGAGAAAUGAUGAUUGAAGCUCACCAGAAUAGAAUUGAGGAACUCAGAGAAAGUUUCAAAAAUAAAAUAGCUGAGGCUGAAGGCUGGCCACAGAAACUUCAAGGUGCCCUUGUUGCAGAAAGAAGUCGUUACAUGGGAGAAUUAAAAACUCUGGAAGAAAAUCUGAAACAUCAGUUUGUCUUGGAACUUCAAAUAGAGAAAGAUAAAUAUGAUGAGCUUAUGAAGAAAUUUCAAGAUCAGGAAAAAGAGAAACAUAAUCUUAAAGAAAACCACAGAGCCCUCAGUGAACAGAAGUACAAAGAAGAAAUUGAGGAUUUGCUUAAAAAAGUGACAGAUUGCAAGAGAAGGUCUAGUGAGAGAGAAGAGGAGCUGUUAAAAGAAAUAAGUAGCCUUAAGAAAAUAAUUAAUGAUCUACAGGAUCGUUCAGCCAAGUUAGAUGGAUCAGAUUCAGCAAAGAUCAAAGAUUUACAGAAUCAGUUAGCUCAGAUUCAUCAAGAACAUUUAGAGUCUGUGAGUCAAAUCACUCUACUAGAAAUCAAACUAAAGGAAACAUCAGAAGAAGCACAGUUUCUUCAAGGUAUUGUCAGGAAGGAAUGUGAAGAAAGGUUUGAACUAACAGAAGCAUUAAGUGAGGCCAGGAAAGAACUCUUACAGUUGAAAAAACCAGCAGGAGGUUACUCCAGUGUGCAGAAGAGGGGAAGUACCUCCAGCAUCAAUUCCAACAGUUCAACCCAUGUGACUUCACCUGUGACAUUAUUGCCUAUUGAAGACCCAGCCAUCAGGUCCAGGGCUAGCAUUCAACUUAACUACAGCGGAGAUGCUAAAUCACCAAGUGAUAAGACUAAUGAUGCUCAGCUUCAAGAAAAUAGGAAGAGAAUUCUAAACUUAAUGGGACGGAGAUAAUUUUCUGUGAUAUGUUUUUGUUUUUAAUUUUGUUUUCAAAUUCUGUUCAUUAAUGUAAUUAAAAAUAUUUUUCUUAAAAUUUGAA